CGAUAAAACACAUAGUUUUUCAAUGUUCCAAUUUGGGGAAAAAGAUCAACUUCAACCAAAAAUGGCAGCGAGAAGAUUCGUAUUCAAUGAGUCCAAUAUUUUGGCUCUGAAUAUGAAUGCAGAACAUUCAACUUCUCGAGUAGAGGUUGUGCUAGCCUUUGUAUGGGAAGCAGUUAUUGCAGCUAUGCAGAAAAGGAACAAUAAUAAUAGUAUCAAGAAUUAUGUAAUUUGAAUUCCAAUAGACUUAAGGAGAAGAACUCAACCUCCAUUACCUCAACAAACCAUGGGAAUUAUCAUUCAUAUGGUUGAGGCAAAUUGGGAAGUUUCUGAGGGGCCAUUAGACUAUAAGUUACUAGUGAAAAAAAUUUAAGAUUCAAUAAAGAAUGUGACUAAACAUAGCUAUGAUGUAAAGAAUAUGGAUGAUAGAGUAAGAACAAUGAACAAAGAAGAGUGAAUACUUGGCUCCACUAGUUUAUGCAAGUUUCCUUUCUAUGAUAUUGAUUUUAGAUGGGGUAGGCCAAAAUGGCAUCUGUGGGAAGCGUAGCUCCCAAUUUGGUUGUUUUAAUGGACACUAGUGAUGGGAAGGGAAUAGAAGUAUGGCUUGGGUUGGUAGAGGAAGACAUGGACAUACUUGAGAAAAAUCAAGAAUUCUUCAAAUUUAUUUCUCUAAGUCAAUCUAUUUUCUGAAUGCAAGUUUCCUUCAUUCAAAUGUAAUACAAAGGAACAAAUACUUUUUACUGGUAAAAUACAGAACAAGUCAAAAACAUAUUUAUCUCAAUUCUGAUUGACUGCUCAAAUCAAACCGGGAGGCGACAUAUGUCAAAAGGUGGGUCAAGGGAAAAAAAUGAAUAUUAUGAUAAUACUAAUAAAUAAAUAAAAAAUUAACAAGCUCCUCUCCAAAAUUUUCUCAACCAAGAAGCCAAAAUCACCACACAAUAAUAAGUGUUGCACACACAACAGAAUGCCACUACCAACCAUUUUGUUGAGAAUUUUCUGUCUAAGACACCUCUUUGACACAAUUCUUCUCUCCUUUGUGUCCAAAAAGUUCAGGCCAUUUAAUCUUCUCCCAAAAGUUACAAUCAGUGGCGUGAAAAUCAAUAACUAUAUCGUUGUUUAACCACAGAAUAAUGGAGACAGAUGAGCUCAAGCGUGUCUUUCAUAUGUUCGACAGGAACGGUGAUGGAAGGAUAACGAAAAAGGAGCUGAAUGACUCGUUAGAGAACAUGGGGAUCUUCAUGUCUGAUUCGGAUCUGGCGCAGAUGAUCAACAAGAUUGACGUGAAUGGUGAUGGCUACAUCGAUAUUGAUGAAUUUGGUGCUCUAUAUGAGACCAUAAUGGAAGAGCGAGAUGAGGAGGAAGACAUCAGAGAGGCCUUUAAUGUGUUCGACCAAAAUGGGGACGGAUACAUUACGGUGGAUGAAUUAAAAUCUGUCUUGGCAUCACUUGGUCUCAAGCAAGGGCGGACCGUUGAUGACUGCAAGCGGAUGAUUAAGAAAGUGGAUGCUGAUGGAGAUGGAAUGGUGAAUUUUAUAGAGUUUAAGCAGAUGAUGAAAAGUGGUGGAUUUGCAGCAUUGAGUUAACAAGGAAAUCAACAAGACCUUGGAGGUUGGAAUCUCGUACCCUUUGAACAAAGGUCUGAGGACAGUUCUUAGAGAAGUUUAUGGGAUGGAGCCUUUACCACCUUAAUAAGCCAACUUGAUGCUAAUGUUAAUUAGUCAAUCAAGUGAACUUGGAAUACUAGAUCCAAAAUCAGAAAACGAAAAAUAGAGAGAAAAAAACACUCAUUUUCUGCACUGUUAUGUUUAUUUGAAUAGAAAAAAACAACACAGAUAAAAAGGAGUUCUCCUGCUCUUUUCGUAGGUUUACGACUUGUAAAUAGUUUGUCAUAUUUUCUAAUUCUUUAUUUCAUGUUCUUUGGCUCCUCCCCUAAAGAAUCUGGAUAGAAAAGUACUAGUCCCUCAUUUUCAUGUUAUAAAUUUCUGUGUACACAUUUUGUGCGGGAUAAAAUUACCUCCAGUCUUUUAUCCUACAGUAAUGUUUAAUAAAAGUUCUGAUUGAUACUACAUGUCCUCUAGAGAUCUAAAGGUUUAUAAUGUAUCUCUUAUCCUCUAUUCUGUUUAACAAGUGAUGUGAAGAGAGAUUUAAAAAUUUCUA